AAGUAAAACCAUAGUUGGACUUCCAAGUACUAUUUACAAGCUAAUCGAAAUCCUGCAGACAGUUUACUGGCUAGGCACACUCGGCAAGAAUGACCGGAUUUUCUGCUUUAUCCUUCGCUGAAGAUUCCCUCAAUGAUGAAUCCCGGUGGAUAGGAAGAGCCAGGAUUUUGGGACCCCCGUUGACACGUCUCCCCGCUCUUACCGUCGGGCUUUUGGGAGUGCAGGUCUUGUGGUCGGUUGAGAUGUCAUAUGCUUCCCCCUACCUGUUGUCCCUCGGUCUGUCAAAACAACUAAUGGCAGUCGUCUUCCUUGCUGGGCCCCUCUCUGGCCUCAUUGUUCAGCCCUUGAUAGGCGUGCUAGCAGAUAAUUCAAAGUCACGCUUUGGUAGACGGCGACCUUUAAUCGGUGUUAGUGCAGCAUUGUGUUGUGUUGCGACCCUUCUGUUCGGAUACGCCCGUCCAUUUGCUGGUUUGUUUACAACGCCAGGAUCGCCCUCACAUGAUUCACUUGCCAUAUGGCUUGCUGUCCUAUCUAUCUAUUGCAUAGAUUUUUCCAUCAACGCAGUGGGGGCUCUGGAUCGCGCUCUUUUGGUUGACACCCUACCCCCAUCAGAUCAGCCCAGUGGUAAUGCAUGGGCCGCUCGAAUGCUGGCCAUUGGCAGUGUAGUCGGAUUCUUUGUGGGAGAAAUAGACCUUCCUCAAUGGUUACCUUUCCUUGGCCGAGCUCAACUACAAGAUUUAGUAGUCAUCGCGUCUCUGUUACUCAUAUUCACACAUUUGUUGACCUCCGUUUGCGUCAAAGAGAGGAUACUUGUUGCAACCGACUCCCGCGCCAAGGGCCUAAAGAAUGAAAUAUACAAUAUAUGGAAUACCCUAACAAGAUUACCCCGAGUGAUAAGACAGAUCUGUUAUAUUCAAUUUUUUUCAUCGCUAGCCUGGUUCCCUGUUUUAUUCUAUACCACUGUGUAUAUCGGCGAACUGCACAAACAGGUUUCCCCUGCCCCAGAAGACGAUCUCUCAGCGGUCCUAUUAGACGAGGAGGCUACACGUCUUGGCGCGCGCGCACUAUUCUACAGCGCGCUGGUGUCUCUCGCGGCAAACAUCAUUAUGCCUUUCUUCAUCGUCCGUGCUAAAGAAGUCGCUAUGUUGACUCCUCUUCAACCGAGGAAGCCAUGGUUGGAACGUGUUCAGGUUCACCUGGCUACACUCUGGGCAUUCUCUCUCUUCGUAUUCGCAUUAUGCAUGGCUGCCACAUUCGUUGUAUCAAGCGUUGGCGGUGCUACUUUCAUCAUGUCAGUGACUGGAUUUUGUUGGGCCAUAGUACAGUGGGCCCCAUUUACGCUGCUCGCGGAGGCAAUAUUGUCCCAUCCUGCAACUGAUGAAGAGAUGACUUCGAUAUAUCUAGAGGACACGCGCUCAAAUCUAAGAUCUAGGACAGAUGAUGAUGGGCAAGAUGCUGAUGAAACUCAGCAUCUCGUCGGCUCCGACCUGGAAGACCCGACAUACUCGAGAUCUACGUCACUGGAACAAGAACAGGCUGACGGCUAUCCGAGGAUCAUGAUAAAUCACGAAGCACGAGUCAGCCAGACCGAUAUAAAUGUCUCAUCGGCUCAAAUGUCUCAUGAUGCACCGCCUCCUCAUAGGCUGAAAAAGAAUCCCAACGGCUUGAGCUCGCAGGCCGGUGCUAUUCUCGGCAUUCAUAAUAUAUUUAUCGUAGUACCCCAAUUUCUCGUCACUGGCCUGUCAUCAAUCAUCUUCGCAAUAUUUGAUCCUCAGAAAUCUGUCUUACGCAGUCAUCAUCCGGGCAAUCCCAUACCUGUCGACGGUACGAUCACUACGUCAGGAGAUGUCAUGCGACAAAUUUUAGAUCGAGACGAAGAUCCCUCUGUAAAUACAGGUCCCAAUUCAAUUGCAAUAAUCUUUCGGUGGGUGUCCAAUGGCGUCAUACAUGCUAGUGAAGCAGCUGAUCAAAAAACUAAAUCAGGUUGGGAGGCGUGGCCGCGGCCGUAGCUUUCGUCUUGUGUUGGCGCCUAGCUAGGGAAUUGAAACGCACAUGA